UUAAUGCAUUCACAACUAUGGAUGUAAUGGGAUAGGGUUUAUUAAGGAGAUUACAAUUUACAAUCCAUUUAUUAUUAUUAUUAUUUAUACUUUUUUAUUUUAAUUUUUUUGUGGAAUUUUAUUUUAUUUUAUUUUAUUAUCUUUUUAGGGGGUUGUGUAAUGAGAUUGUCAGUAGUAAAGAGGUUAACAUGGUAAAGGAGUGAAACAAUCCGACCCGAUAAUGUUUCCGAUCAUCGGAUCCCCAGGGGAUGGGUCAUGAAGAUCCGUUAGUUUGUGGACCGAACGAGUAUUUAAACGAUGAACGAAGCGCGCCGCCCACGAGUCGGUCGAGGUUUCCCUUUGUCGAAGCCAUCACUUGCGAUCGCCGUUCUCCGCCGAGCGAGGUAUAAAACACAGCGUAUGGAUUGCAAAUGGUUGUCUCAAGCUGUUCCUUAUAUUUCACAUGUUGAUUCUAGAAUGGUUAGGAUAUCAAGAUACGCCACAUCUUCCUUCUCAAAGUUGAAUUACAUGCAUGAUAGUGACAAAUUAUGUAUGGAGAGGUUGGAUCACAAGGACUGGCUAGCACCAAAUGAAAUGCUGAAAAUAUUUAGAAAUGUGAGAAAUCCUGAACUUAUUAUUAAUGCAUUCAAAAAAGCUGCUAGACGUAUUGAUUAUAGACCUAGUGAAGCACUUUAUAGUUUGUUGAUUGAUAGACUUGCUUACUCUCGGAAAUUUGCUUAUGUUGAGGAUCUCCUAGACAAGGCUAAAUGCGAGAAGUGCAGACUUUCUGAUGACUUCUUUUAUAGAUUGAUCAAAAUGUAUGGUAAUGUGGCAAAUCAUCCUGAUAAGGCAAUUGAAACGCUCCUCAAGAUGCCAGAUUUUAAUUGUUGGCCCACUGUCAAGACCUUCAAUUAUGUUCUUAACAUGCUUGUAAAUACUCGGCAGUUUGAGGUUAUUCAUGAGGUUUAUUUAAGUGCUCCAAGAUUGGGUAUAACUCUUGACACAUGUUGCUUUAACAUUCUGAUCAAGGGUUUGUGUGACUGUGAUAAGUUGGAUGCUGCUUUUUCCUUGCUGCAUGAAAUUCCAAAGCAGGGAUGCAGACCUAAUGCAACUACUUAUUCAACAAUUAUGCAUUAUCUCUGUAAGCAUGACGAGGUAAGCGAAGCUCUGGAACUUUGUGAGAGAAUGCAGAAAAAUGGUUGUCAUCCAGACACAAUAGCAUUCAACAUAUUAAUUUCUGGUCUGUGCAAACAAGGAAGAGUGUCUGAGGGUAUGGAAUUCUUAAAGACUAUGAAGUUAAAGGGAUGUUAUCCAAAUUCAGGAACAUACCAGGCACUACUUUAUGGUUUGCUUAGUGCAAAGAAAUUUGUGGAGGCUAAGGAUUUCAUGGGUAUAAUGAUAUCUGAAGGUGUUAAGCCUAGUUAUUCAUCAUACAAGCUGCUCAUUUGUGGUCUUUGUAGGGAGAAUCUUUUGACUGAUGCUGAGCUGGUCCUGGAGCAGAUGGUGCACCAAGGAUUUGUCCCACGAAUGGGCACCUGGAAGAUGAUCCUUGCAUGCAUGCUCUAGAAAAUAUUAAUUAUUUUUUCACUUUAUCUAAUUACCAGUUAUGCCGUGAAAUCAAAUGUAUGGCUGUUUAUGUUCUCAGUUCACAGCUAUACAAUUUAUGUGGUUUCUCUUCCUUAGUUUUGCUUGUGCACUUCAUCUCAGAAGAUUUAGACACUUAAAUGGCUUAAGCAAAUGAAGUUGCUUGAUGGCAUUCUAUCACGGAGUUGACCAGUCAGCUAAUCACAUUACAUCUCCGGAUAAAGGACUAUCAACUGAUGACAUCUGUUUCGGAGGUAUAUAAAGCUGAAGAUUAUUUCUGGUAAAUAUAAAGCUGAAGAAAUUAUAGAUGACAUCUGUUUUGGAGGUAUAUAGGUCUGACGAGAGUUCUUUCUUCAAGGUGUAGCCAACUGCCAACAAGUCUCAUACUGGUGGAACAGUGAAAAAUAAAACCACCAUGGAUGGGUCCUUAUUUUAAACCAGUGGAUGGAUCAGUAGAGAGCACCAAAGGCAUGGAUAGAUCAUUAGAAGGGACUAUGGCUGCUGGCGUAUCUGGAGAAGUUACAAUGAAAGGAUGGAUUAAUGUGAAAAGCCACUGUGUUACACUGGAGCAGUAGUAAAUAACAAUGACCUUGAUGGAGCAGUGAAUAUGCAGUCAGAAAUAUUGAUGACAAAGAUGCAUCAGGAAGAAAUACAACUGAUAUGGAUGGAUCUCCAGAACUACUGGCAAUAUGGAUGGAUUAGUGAAAGUUGCUUCUGAGGCAACUGAAAAUUCUCAGUUAGAACCUAAGGUUGUUUUCAUUAAGAAGAAGGAUCAUACAAUUUUGAAUGUGCUAUGUGCAAGGGGCAUCUUUACUGCAAGCCCAUUAUGCAUAUUGUGGUCUCAUAGAAAGAAAUUGCUUGUUGAAUGUGCUUUCUUUACUGAAGCAGAUUACUAUUAUGAAAAGAACAAAAAUUACUAGAUGCAUCAUAAUCAGUCAGAGGUUUAUGAUAUGGAAGAUGAGGGAUUCCUUGGGAAGAUCCAAAAUGGCAAAUAAGUAAUCUGAGGCUAAGGGAUCUUGAGGAGGACGUCACAAAGCUCUUCUUAGAUUUUCUUUUAAAAUAAGUCUGAAGAUCCACCAUUUGUUUAUGCAUUACAAAUUCAUGCAAAAGAAUGUUUGACUUUGACCAACUUCUUCCGGGCUGAUACACAGUCAUGAAAUAAUCAUUGCUGCUUUGGUGAUGAAGUCUUGUUUGUUUAAACCCAUCCAACGAGCAGGUUUCACAUACCCUUUGCACCAUUUAUUUGUACAAAUUAUCAUAAGUAAAUUGUUAUAUUUGGUGUUGCAUUACUUUUGGAUGUAUUCGUAUAAUCAUUCAUUUGGAUGUUUAGAAUUUUUAUGGGUGCUAUGUCUAAUAGACAGCCAAAAAAAAUCUUUAUAGAUUGUUGUGCUGAAAUGUCAAAAGUAAUUAU